AUGAAUAAAAAUAUAAAUGAUAAGUCCCAGACAUGUGAAAAAGGAGAUAAUAUCGAAAUUCUUAAAACUUUGGAUCCAAUAAUUAAAGAAUUUCAAACUAAUUUUAGAUUAAUUAAUUCCAAUUAUUCAUUAACAGAUUUUGAAAAUGUACUAAAUCCUAUUGAAUAUGCUGAAUUUAAUUCAUUUUUGGCAUAUUUUAUUUGUUCUCUUUUUUAUUCAUAUUUAAAAAUAUCUGGAAAUUUAAUAAAUAAUGAUCAUCCCAUUAAAAAGGAACUAAAAAAAGUUCAAUUGUUAAUGAAAGAAAUAAAAGAAAAAAAUCAGCAAAGUAAUAAACAAAAUAAUCAAGAAAAGCAAACUAUCAAACUUAAUAAAGAUGCGACAAAGAGAAUAAUCGAUUCUUGUGUUUCUUAUAACAAUGAUUUAAAAAAAAGAAAAUAUAAAGAAGAUGAAUAA